AUGGAUACUCAAUGUAUUAUUCAAGGAGAUUCAUCUGCUUCCCAGUUCUCUCGCUCACCCCAUUGGAACUAUGAUGUAUUUCUGAGUUUCAGAGGUGAAGAUACCCAAAAAACCUUCACAGGUCAUCUUUAUUCCAGAUUGUGUCAAGUUGGAGUUAAUAACUUCAUAGAUGAUGAGGAGCUGAGAAAGGGCGAGGUGAUUUCUAGGGAGCUAGAGAAAUCAAUUGAAGAGUCCAGGAUUUCAAUUGUUGUUUUCUCAAGAAAUUAUGCUCGCUCUACUUGGUGUCUUGAUGAACUUCUUAAGAUUCUUGAAUGCAAACAUAAGUUAAAGGAGGUAGUUUUGCCUAUUUUCUAUGAUUUUGAUCCUUCGCAAGUGCACAAGCAAACAGGCCAGGUGCUUUGGUGA